AUGCCUAUGACUGAAAAUCCUCCCGUUGUCGAGUACCAAAAAGAUCGCAUCUACACAUUCGAACAAUUUGAAUUACUUAAAGAUUGGCUCGAAACCAACGAGUCGAAGAAGGCUCAUCCCAAUACCGCAAAGAACCAUUUUCAUGGCGCUUGCCGUUGGAGCGAUCUAAACUCAAGUCUACAACUGGAAUGUUCGGACUCGGCAGAACGGCGCUGUUACUUUCUCACCGGGUGGUUUUUAUUUCUCUACGCCUGGUGGAAAAACAAUCAGGACCGAUGUUGCCUUCACCCCUCGCGUAAUCAAGCUUUCCAUCUAAUAGAGGUUGAGGAUGUUUCCGCCGACUCAAAGUUUGAAACGCUCACAGAUAAAUUCAAGACCGAAUAUUUUCCUGCGGGUGUUCAGCUAAGGUUGGUUGGUGGAUCCGGUGAACAAAAACAUCUGCGUAUUCAAGAAAAAUAA